CCAAAGUAGGGGUGGAUGAUUACGUUUUUGCGUCAUGGCGGGCUUUCAGCCUCGCUCAAAGUGGCGCAGGAUGACAUACAUUUGAUACAGUGGUCGACUUAUCAACCGUGUGCACAGUUUAGGGCUGUAACAGGGCAGGGGCAGAAAGCUUCGCCGUUAGCUUCCGCGUGGAAGCCUUCUUUUGCGAGCCCCGCUCCGGCCAAAACCAUCAGACGCGAUGCAAGCUUGUUAGGAUCUACCAUCUCGUUUUCAGAUUGAUUACCAACGGGUUGACGCUUCGCAAGCGAGAUGAUUAGGCAAAACUGGAGACCGCCCGGGGAGGGCGAGGUGGAGCUCGCUGACAUAAACCUCACGGACGCAAGCAACCGACAAGCUGGGGACGUCGGGGGCGUUGGAGGCUACCGCGUCAGCGGCAGUGGUGGCGGCCAGUGGGGCGCAGGGGGACCGGCCGGCGCCGGUCCCAGCGGCGGCAGCGGCUACGGCGACGCCUACGGCAGCGGCGCGGGCGGCGGAGCCGUGUACGGCAAGGUCAGCGGCACCGGAAUGUACGGCGCGCCGAUGGGCUCGUCAUCUGGCGGCGGCGUGGGUUACAGCUACGCGCCGGCGGUUGGCGGCGACGGGGCUGGCGGCGGCGACCCGUACGGCGAUGCUGACGCGUCGCGGUUGCUCAACUCGGGGGUUCUGGGGAUUUCCAGCACCUACCCCAGGGGCGCGGGUGGCUACUUCCAGCGGCUCAGCGACAAGCUAGCGGCGCGCUGGAAGCUGGUGCUGCUAGCGUGGUUGGCCAUUGCCAUCGUUGGCAUAGUGAUCGCGGUGCCUGUGUCGCUGACGGCGGGCUCUCCCGCCCGCAGCCCGCCGCCGCCCAUGCCGCCGGCUCCGCCCUCGCCCGACCCGCCCUCGCCCGCGCCCUCGCCUCCGGCACCGCCCAGCCCCGCGCCUCCGUCUCCGGAACCGCCGGCACCGCCCUCGCCGGAGCCGCCGUCGCCUGCGCCGCCCUCGCCGGAGCCGCUGGUGCCUCCGCCGCCGCCGCCCGCCUCGCUUCGGGACCUGUGCACAUACAAUGGCACGGCUCUCCCGCUCGACCCCAGCGCCGCACCCACACACUACGCCCUGCGCCUGUCGCUCCCCGACGCAGCCGCCUUCUCCGCGCCCAACUCCACCGCUGCCAACGGCGUCGCCGCCUCGCCAGCCAACCCCUCCGGAGUGGGCGCCGCCGUCGGCGCGCCCUUCACCGGCGUCGCCACGAUCUCGCUAGACGUGACCGGCGAUACCUCUUGUCUUGUGUUCAACGCGGCCGGCCUGAAUGUAAGCAGGGUGGACUGGACGCUGGUGGCGGCGGCACCGCCGCCGUCGCCGCCUUCGCCGGCUCCGCCGUCGCCGGCUCCGCCGUCACCGGAGCCGCCACUGCCGGAGCCGCCGGCGGCGGGAGGCGGCACUGGUGGCGGCGGCAUCCGGAGGCGGGCACAGAGCGAUGGGGGCGCGGGCGCGGGCGGCGCGGGCGCGAACGCGACGUGUGUGUGCGGCUGUGGCGACGGCCGGGACUGCUCCGGCUCGGUGAUAGCGGCCAGCUCCGCCGCCCUAGUGCUGGACCUGGGCGGGGCGGUGCUGGCGGCGGGCAGUGCGGUGCAGCUCACCCUCACCUACAGCGGCGUGGUGGGGGGCGCGGAGGCGGGCGUGGGGCUGUUCGCGUCCGAGCCCUGGGUCGCGGACCUGCCCGCCUCCUCCACCUCCAACCCCGCCGCCACCCCCUCGAGUGUGGGUGUGCUGCUGACUACGCAGCUGGAGGGCGCGAGCGCGGGCCUCCUGCUGCCGUGCUUCGACCACCCCAGCUACAAGGCCAUCUUCACUCUGUCCGUGGAGGCGCCCGACGGCCUCACAGCGCUGUCCAACAUGCCGCUCAGCACCUCCACCCCCGCAGCCACACCCGGCCGCACACUGCACACCUUCCAGCCCACCCCGCGCAUGUCGGGCUACCUGCUGGCGCUGGCGGUGGGCAACAUGUCGGCGAUCAGCCGCACCGUCAACGUCAGCAUCAACGGCGUCGCCAGCUCCAUGCCGGUGUCUGUGUGGGGCCCGGCGGGCAUGGACGUGGAGGGGCGGCUGAGGGGCAGCCUGGACAUUGCGGCGGCGGCCUACAGCUUCUACGCUGCCUACACGGGCUAUGCGCUGCCGCUGCCCAAGCUGGACCUGGUGGCGGUGCCGGGCAAGACAUACGCCAUGGAGAACUGGGGGCUGCUGCUGAUGGACCCGGCCAGGUUCCUGUACGACGGCGGCGCCGCCGCCACCGGCACGGUCCCUGCCGCCGCCGCCGCCGCCACCUCCUCCUCGUGGGACCUGUUCCAGGCUGCGGACGUGAUUUGUCACGAAAUGGCGCACCAGUGGUUUGGCAACUGGGUCACGUGCAGGGACUGGGACAACCUGAUGGUCAACGAGGGCGUGGCCUCGUACGUCGAGUACGACUGCGUCGCCGGCGUGCUGUCGUACAUCAUGGCGGGCGGCGGCAGCCGCAGCACGGCGGCCGCCGCCGCCGACCCGGCGGGCGCGGCGGCGGCGGAGGCGGUGCCGCUGCCGGGCUACCCGGCGCCGCUGCGCGGGCUGACGUCGCAGCUGCGGCGGUUCGUGUCGCCGCCGCUGGGCCAGAUGCACGGGGUGCAUGACGGGCCCAUCACGCUCACGCGGUGGGUGGAUGAGGACCCCAACGCGCGCCCCGUCCUGGGCGGCGGAGGAGCCAUGGCCGGGCUGUCGCUGCUGACCUACUCCAAGGGCGCCACGGUGCUGGCCGCCGCCUCCGGCCUGGCGGGCGGCCCCGGCGGCCUGCGCACCGCACUGCAGGCGCUGCUGGCGCCCACCGGGCCCUACCUGUACGGCAACGCCACCGUGGCAGACCUGGUGGGCCUCAUCGCGGACGUGGCGGUGGGCGCGGACCGCAACGCCACCGCGCCCGCCGAGGUGGCGGCGCUGGGCGGCCGACAGGCCUUCAUCGACGGCGUCAUGUCUUGGCUCACCACCGCCGGCGUACCCGUGGUGGCGGUCACCGACGUGACGCCUGCGCCGCCGCCGCCGCCAUCGCCGCCGCCCGCGCCGCCGCUGCUGCCGCCCCGGCCAGACACGCCGCCGCCCAGCCCGGCGCCGCCCUCACCUGAGCCCAUGCCGCCAGUCCAUCCCUCCCCGCCCUCGCCCUCGCCGUCCGCGCCCCCUGCGCCUCCUUCGCCGGAGCCAUCGCCCCCUGCGCCUCCUUCGCCGGAGCCGUCGCCUCCCACCCACCCCUCGCCGCCCUCCCCCGAGCCCGCGCCCCUGCCACCCUCCCCCGAGCCGCCCAGCCCCGCGCCGCCCUCGCCCGAGCCCGCCCCUCCCGCCUCGCCUAGCACCGGCGGCCUGAGCGGCGGCGGCAGCGGCGGCUCCAGCAGCCGACGCCGCCUCCUCCUCCGCUCCGUUUCUUCCGCCGCCUCUGCUGCGGGCGCCGCCGGCGGCCGCCGGCUGCUUCAGACCGACCCCUCCCCGCCUUCACCCGAGCCGCCCUCGCCCGCGCCGCCGUCUCCCGCUCCGCCCUCGCCGGAGCCCCCUUCGCCCGCACCCCCCUCGCCGGCGCCGCCCUCUCCCGCGCCUCCCGCCGCUGCCGCCCCGGUGGCUCUGACGACGCAGCUGCAGGUGACGCAGCGCCGCAUGUGCGGGUACGGCCUGUGGCCCGAGGGCAACACCAACGCCUCCAGCUUCCCGCAGCUCGUGUGCCCGGGCGGCGACGGCGACAACGCCUCCGCUCCCGGCUGGCCGCGCCGCUGGUGGCUGCCGCUGGCGGUGUCGGCGGCGGGCGGCGGCGCGGGCGCGGGCGCCAACAGCACCCUGGCGGUGGUGACCGCGAGCGGCACCUACCCCACCACUAUCACGCUGAGCACGCCGCUGCCCUCUGACGGCUGGUUGCUGCGCCGCCCCGACUUCACCACCAUGUACCUGGCCAACUACAACACACCCGCCGGCGUGGGGCCGGUGGGCGCGGUGGCGGGCGGCAACGCAACCAUGACCCACGUGGUGUCCCUGCUCUCCAAGAUCAAGGCCGGCUUCGGCCUGGCCAUUCCCCUGCACAACACCAACACCACCAACACCACCAACACCACCAACACCAACAGCACCAACACCACCGGCCACGCCUACGACGUGCCGGGCGAGGCGGGCGACACGGGUCUGGCGGACCGGCUGGCGGCGGUGCUGGACGCGCAGACCGUCACACACGACGCACUGCUGGAGGCCUUCUCCCCCUUCGUGGCCGCCUCCACCACGCUGCUGCCCGCCGGCGCCGUGCCCGGCCUGUCCGCCGCCGGCAAUGCCGCGCCGGUGCCGCUGGUGCUGGCGGCCAUUGACGCCGGCCUGGCGGGGCCGCUCAGCCGCACCGGCGCCGGACUGCACAGCAUUGCGCAGCUGUCACUGUACGCACUGGAGAUGCUGCAGGGCCUGCUGGCCACCUCCUCCGCCUCCCCCGCCACCCCCACCUGCAACGACGACCUGACCUCCUGGGUGCUGGCGCGCCUGGGGCCGCUGGCGGCAGCCGUCAUCGCGGCUGACGGCGGCAGUAGCAGUGGCAGCAGCAACAGCAGUAGCAAUGCCACAGCCGGCAUCUCGGCCACCACCGCCACGGAGGCCUACCUGCUGCGCCUGUCCCAGUCCAACCUCAUCACCGAGGCCGCCCUGUGGGGCGAGCCCGCCGCCACAGCCUUCGCCUGCCGCCUGGCCGCGGCCGCCCUCAACGCCAGCACCACCACAACGGCCUCAACCGCCCACGUGGAUCCGGACUGGCUGGCGGCGGCGCUGGCGGUACCGCUGGGUGCGCCCAACGGCUGCGGGGCGAACGGGCCGGACGCAGGCACGGCCUUCAACGCCACGCUGGCCGCCCUGGCCGCCGCCGCCGACCCCGACACCGUCUCCACCCGCCUGUUCGCGCUGGCCUACGCGCGGGGGCUGUACCCGCACCGCGCCCACCUGCUGGGCAUGCUGCGUGCGGGCGUGCUGGCGGCGGCUGGGAACUGGAGCGCGGUGCAGAACCUGUCCUCCUACUACGUGCGGCCGCUGCCCCGGGCCGAGGCGCUGCGAGUGCUGUCCCGCAUGUACGGCACAGCCCAGCGCGAGCUCUUCUUCGCCGUGCGCGCCGCCGCCGCCGCCAACGCCGCCGCCGCCGCCAACGGCAACGCCACUAUCGACCUGACAACCGUGGGCACGGCGCCGGGCCUGCCGCCCGGAAACGACCUCCUUAGCCUUGUGAUGCUCAACUCGACCAACUUCGGCGUCGCGCGCAUGAUCUCGGGAGACGGCCUGGCCGCGCUGUCCAUGCUGGAGGGCGCCGUGGCUCGCGGCCUGGACACGCCCGCCCAGCUGGCCACCCUCAUGGCAGCACUGCACGACCCCGCCUUCCUGGGGCCCGGACUCGACGACACAGGCCUGUCCUUCGAGCGCUCCCGCAUCCUGGGCCGCGCCCAGUCGCGGCUGCAGUGGCUGGCCAGCUACCAGCAGCCCGUGUGCGCCUACCUGGCGGCGGAGAGGGCGGCGCUGGCGGCGGCGGGCAACACAACCGCGCCCGGCGGCCGGUGAUGGCGCAACGAGGCCGCAGCGACCGGCAUCGUGCUCGUGUUGCAAAUAGCCUAAAUAAUCAGGGUGAUGUUUCAGUUCUCUAACAAAAAGGGUGCAAGUUCAGUAUUAGGAAAGAAGGGCUUGGGCGUGUGGGCGUGUGGGCGUGUGGAACCGCUGGCGCCGUGGGAUGCCUGCGGCAGCGUGGGUUGGUGGAGGUGGAGGUCAGGAGCUCGGAAUGAGGAGGCGCCGGUGAAGGAGGGUUUGGUGGUCAGGCCUGCGCUAGCUCAGGACCACAAGCAACGUCACGCUCCGACAGCUGCACGACUGCAACGCGGUGCAACACACUUGGUUCAUGAUAAGCAGGGUACUGGUACUUGCAAUGUCGCCACUGCAAAUGCUGCCACUGUACAUGCUCGCUAUUUAAGAUAUCCAAAAAAUUUACACAGCAUGCAUGUAUGUAUUGCAUGCAGCAGGGGAGGGCGCCCUCUGUCCCACCAACCCACAUGCACUUACCGAUUACUGGAAUGAGGAUUGGCAGGUUGGUUGGGGCGCUGACUCGGAGGAAAUGAGCAAAGGUGGGGGUCCGAGGACGUGCAGCAGCCUUGCAGAGCGCCGGCCGGGGCCGGGCCUAGCGUGCCGGGACGUGAGACAAGCGAUGGUGGGGGCGAAGAUGUGGGGGCGAGAGGGUAUCCAUGCAAGCAUGGAUGAUGCCGCAGACGGCCUCGUGUGGACCUUCCUUGUACAUGGUACGGCAGCAUUGUGCGGUAGCAUACACAUUGCCUCAACCUUGAAGUGCCCAGCACUGCGCGGGAGCAGCGAUCCGUGCAUGGAAGCUGCAUUUUGCUGCAACUUAGCGGCUGAGGGAAGACGGCCUCCCGGCCAUCGGGCAGUGCAUCACUACUGGAAGGCGCAGGCGCGGCCGUGCACGUGUGCUGAAGUGUGGUACAUUGGUGGAGGAGGGAGCUUUGAAGUGCGCGCAGCGGUCGGCCUGUGCCAGUGCGAGCAAGGGUGCGCAAGUGAGCCUAAGUGAGCACGUAGGCACCUUGUAAAUUGGAAAAGGAAUGAAGGCAGGUUGUUGGCGGAAAACCGUGCCGCUCGUCAUUGCAUGGAGGGCUUGGAGGCGGAUAAUGUGAGCAGAACACUGCUACGGUACGUCAGCUGUCGUCCAACCAGACGGUCCUGGCCUCGCUUAGUAGUAGCAGCACUCGGGUGGAGGAUGUCAAUGAUGCAGAAGGAUGCCCCGCCUGAGGCACGUGAGUCUCAGAUUACAGCCAAGCCUGGCAAGCCGCAGCCUUGUACCGCACAGCAUCGAGCAGGGGAGUGAAGGGUAAUCGGGGAGAUGGGCUCAUAUGGCAAAUUGGCACGUGCGGCGCUCGCAAUGCGUCGAGGCGUGCGCUGGCGGGGCGCGCGCGGCCAGGCUGGCGGGAGUCGCGUUGGCGCGCCAGCGUUACACCCCGACUGCCGGGACCAUCGCGCGCGACUUAUUCGGCACGCCAACGCGAGCUCCGUGUAAAUGCACAAUGAAAAUGCAUUAUUUUUUUGCCCACGGGCGCCAAGAGGGCGUGCAAGCAAAUUGCAAGUGCCGCGCGAGAACCCUCGCCUGAUCCCUUUUCGAGUGGCUGCUAAACCUGAACGCUUGAGUGACUGAAUUCGCAAUGCAUUACACAGCUCCGAGGGACAACGGGGCGCUAUGCUCGCAAAGACACCCCAGACACCGUACAUCCGUACGGACUCGAAUUCUGCA